AUGCCUGACAGCAAUAUUAGAAUAGUUUUGGAUUUUAUUAUGACAAUAGUAAUUUUGUAUAAUGCUAUUAUUGCACCUUACCUUGCUUGUUUUGAAGAAUAUACACAUGUUGGAUUUUUGGUUUUGAAUAUUGUUGCGGAUGUUUUGGCUAUCACCAAUGUGAUAGCUCACCUUUUGGAGCCAAAGAUGGUUGGAGCAGAUCCUGAAAAAAAGAGACUUGGAAGAUUGCUUUCUUACUGGAAAUUGUUGUUAAUAGAUAUUCUCUCGUAUUGUACAUUAUAUGAUUGGUUUUUACUCAAUCAUCCAGCAUUUAGAUUGUUUAGAAUUAUUCCUGUUAUUAGUCUCAGAUUGGGUGACUAUUAUCAAACUGUAGAAUCGAAGAGUAGGCUUAACCCCAUCUAUUUACGUAUUGUCAAGUCUAUUAUUUAUCUCAGUGUUAUUAUUCACUGGUUUUCAUGCCUAUAUUUUUGGAACCUUAAUCAGUAUCAUGAAUAUGGUAAUAUUUUAAUUCAGAUGGACACAACAGAUAAUUUGAAAUACUUAGUGUUUAUGAACCUAUCUUCUGAUAUUGCUUCUUAUAACUUUGUUACAAGAGUGAAGCAAUAUGUAGGAAGUUUUUACUUUGCUACUGUCUUCCUUGUGGGUUUCGCAACUGACGUCCCUCAAGAUGAGCUUGGUGCCCUCUACUCCAUUUUGAAUGCCAUUUUUGGAGUACUGUUCUUUGCCGGCAUUGUUGGUGUCGUGUCGAAUCUUGUAAACCAAAUGAAUCAACAGAGUUCUAAGUUUAACAGAAAAUUGGAUGACAUUUCAGGUUAUUUGAAAUUUAGAAAGGUCAAUACUAAACUAAUUGUUGACUCUCGUAACUUUUUAGGUAUCAUUCAGAGAGCUAACAGAGAACUAAAAUCUGAUGAGGAUAUCUUGGAAGACUUGGAACUUGAGACAAAGAGAAAAGUUUCUCAAUUUUUGCACAAAGACCUUGUAAAGAAAGUCCCUUUCAUGAAAGAUAUGGAAGAAUUAUUCAUUCAAGAAAUUUGUCUUUACUUGAACCACACAAUCAUUUUGGAAAAUUACUAUGCGAUGCAGUUUGGUGAGGUUGGUAGAGAAAUGUUUUUCCUUGGUAAAGGAACAGUUGAAAUUGUCGGCCCUCAAGGUCAAAUUUGGGCCACUCUUACCUCUGGUUCUUUCUUUGGAGAGGUAGCCUUAAUUUCCAACUCCAAGAGAAUGGCUUCUGUGAGAGCAAAAGAAAUUUGUGAAGUGUUCGUUUUGUAUAAGGAGGAUUUCGACAAUGUGCUUGCAAGAUUCCCUGAGGCCAAAAAGAAAAUUCAGGAAGAAGCUGAGAAGAGAACCCAAGCCAACCAAAAAACAACUGUUACAAAAACCCGAGUUCAAACUAAAGUUAAAUCGAUCAUGAAGUUGAUUAAACCUCUUUCAGCUCAAGGAAAAACAAGAAGCGAUAUUAGUGUGGCUUCUACAAGCAAUUCCAAUGACAAUCAAAGCUCUGCUAGAGUAGAGGAAGAAAAGAAGGAAGAUAAGAAGGAACAAGCAGGAGAAAAGAGUUUUCCAAAUCUGACUUUACCUCCAAAUAAUUCAAACCAUAUGGUUGUAUCAGAUAGCAUGUCUGCAAGGACAGUUUCGACUAAACACAGUAGUGAUGAUGAAAUUGAUUUAGGAGAUAAGAAGGAUAAGAAGGAUGAUAAGGAACCAUCAAAAUAA